GGGGCAACCGCGGCGCUCCCUCCUGGUGGGCCGCGACCGUCUCUCCGCGCCAUUUUCAAACUGCGCUCGCGCCGGAGCCAUUGGCCGCCGCGGGACGAACCAGCGAGGACGGCGGGUCCCGAGGGCGAUGUGCCUCCCGACGGAGCGGCGGGCUUUAAGUUUGGAGUGUGACUAAAACUGGUUUUGGAAGCAAGAUGACUACAGCUGCAGAGAGAAAGUAUAUUAACAUUAGGAAGAGGUUAGACCAGCUGGGCUACCGCCAGACCCUGUCAGUGGACAGCCUGCCUUUGGUAGAAAAACUUUUCAGUGAUUUAGUUCAUACGACAGAAAGCCUGCGGCAGUGCAGGCUGUCCUCGGUAAAGGCAGAAAAGGAAAGUGCCAAUUUCGACUUUGUCUUGGAACCUUAUAAACUUGAAAAUACAAGGCUGAAUAAGGAGAAUAAUGACUUGUAUCUGGAGUUAAUGAAGCUCAGAGAAUACUCAGACAAGCACAUUAAAGACUUGAAAAUCACAUUGAAGAAAUGUGCACGUGAGACAGCUGAUCUGAAGUUUCUGAAUAACCAGUAUGUUCACAAGGUCAAACUCCUGGAGAAAGACAGCAAAGCUAAGGAUGAAAAAAUCCAACAGCUCCAAGAAAAGAAUCUGCGUGCUGUAGUGCAGACUCCUGGUGGCAGGAAAAGAAACAUUGCAUUUAGACGCCAACGGAUGCAAAUUGAUGAACCAGCCCCACCCUCGGAAGUCAGUUCAUACCCAGUUCCUCAACCAGAAGACCCUUACAUUGCGGACCUCCUGCAAGUGGCUGACAACAGGAUUCAGGAGCUGCAGGAGGAAGUCCACCAGCUGCAAGAGAAGCUAGAACAGAUGGAGAAGGGAGUGCACGACUACAGCAAGCAGAUUGAACUAAGAGAACGAGAAAUAGAACGACUGUCACUUGCUUUGGAUGGCGGUCGUUCCCCUGAUGUCCUGUCUCUGGAGACUAGAAAUAAAACCAAUGAAAAGCUUAUUGCGCACUUAAAUAUCCAGGUCGACUUCCUUCAGCAAGCUAAUAAAGAACUGGAGAAGCAUAUUCAAGAGCUCGUGGCAACCAAGGAAACAGUGACAACUGAAGUUGUGAACCUAAGUAGCAGAAACGAAAAGCUCUGCCAGGAGCUAACGGAAAUCGACCAGUUAGCCCAGCAGCUGGAAAGGCACAAGGAGCAGGUGCUGGAGACAGCAGACAAGGAGCUCAGCGAGGCAAAGAAAGAGAUUAAAAGAAACCUCAGUGAAAUGCGGAACCUUGAGGAAAAAAUGUCAAAACUGCAAUGGGAAUUAGACGUAAGCCAUAAGGAGAAGGAGAGACUGAACAGUGAACUACUUUUAAAGUCAGACCUGGAGACUGUUGUUCAUCAGCUUGAACAAGAAAAGCAAAGACUUAACAAAAAACUGCAAAGUUUUGCAGUCACAGAAAGAGAACUGACUUUGGAGGUUGAGAGGAUGAGGCUAGAACACGGGAUAAAACGUCGAGACAAGUCACCUUCUCGUCUAGACACAUUUCUGAAAGGCAUAGAAGAAGAACGCGAUUAUUACAAGAGAGAGCUGGAGAAACUGCAGCAUCUCAUCCAGCGGAGAUCUUGUUCUGUUAAUUACUGUGCUCGGGAAAAAUCUCCUGUAGUCAAAUGCUCAGAAAGGGGUGACUACAAUUCGGACAUUCACCUGAUCACAAGAGAAAGGGAUGAGCUUCAGCGCAUGCUAGAAAGAUUCGAGAAAUACAUGGAGGAUAUACAGGCCAAUGUGAAACUGCUGACGGCAGAACGGGACAAACUAAGUGCUUUGUAUAAGGAAGCAAAGGAAGAGUUAUCUGCACUGAGACAGGAGUCCACUAAUACAGCAGUCCCCAACCAUGUUGUUAGUUGUAUAGAAAAGGAGAAAGAACUCGCGUUAUCUGACUUAAGAAGAAUUACAGCAGAAAAGGAAGCUCUGAGAGAAAAGUUGAAAAAUAUCCAAGAAAGGAAUGCAGUUGGAAAAUCAGAGUUAGAGAAGACUAUUGAACAUUUGACUUACAUUAAUCACCAGCUUGAAAAUGAAAAAUAUGAAUUGCAAUCUAAAAUGUUAAUAAUGAAAGAAACAAUGGAGUCAUUAGAGAACAAAUCAAAACUCCAAGCUCAAAAACUUAGCCAUGUGACUGGUGACUCAUCUCAUCAGAAAACAGAGAUGAACUCACUUAGGAUGGUAAGUGAGCAGCUACAGCGGUCGCUUGAUGAUUGUCAACACCGGCUCGCCAUAAAAAGAGGGGAGCUUGAGUCAGCCCACGAACAGAUUAAAAUGCUGGAGCAGAAACUAGAGAAUCUCAACCACAGGAUGACAGUGCAGAGCGAAGAAACUCACGCAAUGAAGAAGACCAUUGGAGUGAUCGACAAAGAAAAGGACUUUCUCCAGGAGACUGUAGAUGAGAAGACGGAAAAGAUCGCCAACCUACAAGAAAGCCUCCUUAGUAAAGAAAAAGUUAUUGCCCAGUUGAAGGUCACAGUCUCAGAGUGUGAAAAGUCACUUAACCAGCUACAAGAAACUUUGACUAAUCGAGACCGAGAGGUAACCAGCCUCCGGCGCCAGCUCGAUGCAACUCACAAGGAGCUUGAUGAUGUUGGGAAAUCGAGAGAGAUCUCUUUUAAGGAAAAUAGAAGGUUACAAGAUGACCUGGCCACAAUGGCAAGAGAAAACCAGGAGAUCUCACUGGAGCUGGAAGCCUCCGUGCAAGAGAAAGAAGAGAUGAAGAGCAGAGUCCACAAGUACAUCACUGAGGUGUCGCGGUGGGAGAGCCUAAUGGCUGCCAAGGAAAAAGAAAACAAGGACUUACUGGAUAGGUUCCAGAUGCUUCACAACCGCGCUGAGGACUGGGAGGUCAAGGCUCAGCAGGCGGAAGGGGAGAACAGCUCAGUCCGCCUGGAGCUGCUGUCCAUUGACACGGAGAGAAGGCACCUGCGGGAGCGAGUGGAGCUCCUGGAGAAGGAGAUCCAGGAGCACAUAAAUGCACAUCACGCGUAUGAGUCUCAGAUCUCGUCAAUGGCAAAGGCCAUGUCUCAGUUAGAAGAGGAGCUGCGGCGUCACCAGAGCGAGAAAGCGACCGUGUUAGGUGACGUGUCGUCUCUCCGGGAACUGUGCAUUAAGCUUGACUCGGGCAAAGACAUCAUGACCCAGCAGCUGAGCUCCAAAAGCCUUGAGCUGGAGAGGGCAGCAGCAGAAUUAGAGAAUGUAAAAUCAGAAUCAGAACUGUUAAAAAAGCAGCUGGUGAGUGAGAGACAGACAAUUAAAAACCUCGAGUCGUUGUUAGCCACCAACAGAGAUAAAGAAUUCCAGUCCCAUUUAACCUCCCAUGAGAAGGACACAGAAAUCCAGCUACUGAAGGAGAAGUUAAACCUCUCAGAAAGCAAACUAACUACCCAAAGCCGAGAAACGUCCAUGCUUCGAACUAAGGUGGCACAGUUGCAGACAGAUUAUGAUAAUCUGAAAAGGCAGAUGUCACAUGAGAAGUAUGAACGAGAGCGAGCAAUCCAAGAGAUGCGCCGACUUGGGCUCCCGACAUCACCUCUGAGUUCCACUCUGAAGUCUCCUGUACAGUCUCCUGAGCACAUAAAUGCAUAGUUACCAGAAAGAUUAUGGUUUUCAGUGAGUUUCUACAUGGAUUUUUAUAAGAACACAAGAGUAAUGAAAUAUUUGAAGUACUUGUUCCUGUGAAUCAUGAACAUUGACACAAAUUCUACCUCUGUCAACCUUUAUUUAAAUCAGUGGAUAUUUAAGUUAAAAUGUUUAGUUUUAAAAGAGCCUUAUAUGUAUAUUUUCAUAUGUGAAAAAACAAAAUAUGUAUUAAUAGCUUAACUGAUGUGAUAUGUGAAUUUUUAUUAUUCCCAACUAAAAUUACUCCUUAAAAUGUGUUUAUACUGUGAAUU